AUGAAUAGGCUGAAUGGCAAGGUCAUUGUCGUAACAGGAGCAGGAGCAGGCUUCGGCCGAGGCAUUGUGAAGAAGCUCACAGCAGAAGGAGCGAAAGUCCUAGCUGUCGAUAUUCAUCAGGAGAACGUCGAAGCUACUGCUAAGGCUGCCCCAGAAGGUUCAUGCUUCCCACAUGUGAAUGAUGUAACACUGGAGUCCGCCUGGCGAGAUAUUCUCGAUGCGGCGCUGAAGAACUUCGGCAAGCUGGACAUAGUGGUGAACUGUGCAGGUGUUGUACACAUCGCUGCACCAUCUCACGAAGUACCUGAAGACCAGUUCGACGCCAUGUUUCGGCAAGUAAGGGUAUUGAUUAGUAAUCGUGGUCUGACCGAGUUGCAGGGUCAAUGUGAAGCCAAUCUAUCUUUCGUGCAAAGUCGUUGUGCCGUUCUGGAGGGAGAAGAAGUUCGAAGGGCUAUGUAA